CAAUGGCGAAGUCGGGAACUGACGACGUCUCUGCUCGGAAAGAUUACAUUCUCGACCAGAUAUCAUCAGCCGUAAAAGAGAUUCAGAAAGAGCAGUUCUCUUCCGAUUCUCCCGCAGCCAAUCCCAUUGCCAACGGCCACUCCGAGUUGCAGAGGCUCUGCGAGCAUCUAGACAACGCUCUACUGCACGGCAUCAAAGCUUUCGAGGCCGGCUAUUGGGCAUAUGUAGUGGAGUACACGCGGAAGGAUGAACUGCAUUUGAUCAACCAUCUUACAUCGGUCACAACUGACUUAGGAAGAGGGAGGUCAUGGUUGUAUCAAGCAUUGAAUGAGAAUGCACUAGAGAACUACCUUCGACUUUUCACUGGAAACAUGUCACUGCUGGAUAAGCAUUACCAGCCUGAAGCUCUGUUGCGUGACGAACAGAGAGUUCCGGUUCUACUUACUAUCGCAGCUGGUUUGGAUUUCAUCAUUUUUGAAUUGACAAUUGAUUGUGAGUAUUUCGAUUAUGGGGCGUUUACUCCAUCAAAAGCCGGUCUUCUUAACAUGGGACCUCUGACAUCGACCAAGUUGAUCUCCAUCCAUAAUUGCCACAUUGGCAAACGAGAUAUCCAACGAGCCAUGUCUUCAGAAAAUACAAAUGAACAAGAAGUUGGAGACAAAGCGAAAGAAUCACUGGGCACUACUCCCAGCUCGGUUGUAUCAAAGCUGAGGAAUCUGUUCGGUCGGCGACCAUCUGUGGAAUGUAGCGAUGUGAAUCCAUUCGAAUUCUUAGUCGCUGAGGAUUGUGAUGACAAAGUAGCCACAUUAGGUUCAGACUCUACCGCGAAUGCUCUUCAGGAUCUAUCAAGCAUAAAGAAAGACGGUAGUUAUCAAAAUAUUUCUGACAGUCUAGUAAGCAAGGCGCGAUCUGUGAAAGACUUUACUGUCACCACGGCAACCACUGCUAAAAUCAAAGCAGCCGAGGUGUUCAAUCGAGCUGCAUCGUUGUUUGCCAACUUACAUAAUCCGUUCGAGGAGAAAGAGUUUGCAGCCGUUGAAGCAGAAACAGCUGUUGUAGAAAGAGUGAGAACGACUUCUAAUUGUGAAGUACCUGCCGAGACACAGACGGAAGAGUUAUCCUUCAAGAACUCUUUAGAAAGUGAUGAAUCUAAUCGAAUGUCGCGAAUGGCAAGGAUAGAGAAGGUUAUGCAAGAGAACGACGAUGUCGUGGAGGUAGAACAAGUCGAUGGAGGUAGCAUCCUUAUGGAAGAACAAGGUGACGAUGAAGCAAUGGUGAGGUUGGAGGUAAGAAAUCUGAUGAAGAAACCAGCAAAAUUUCGAAAGAAGAAACGGCAAGCUGGUGAAAAGAAAAAGAAAUCGAAGGCUGACCAGGGUGUAGGGAAGACUUCUGAUGGCGACAAUGUCAGUGUAAACACCAAUGAAGGUGACAGUCAGACAUCUGGAUUCACAAUUGGUACAGAAUCUUUUAUUGAUGGAGCAGCUGAAUCGUUGUCAGUGGCUACUAGUGAGGAGCUGCUACGUUGCCCUGACUCUGAAGUUACUACUUAUGACAGUAGUGAUGUUGUUGUAACAAAGCAAUCUGAAACAGAUUUAGCAUACGAAGCUGGAGAUAAUUGUAACUGUACUGAAGAGGCAAGAGACUUAGUAAAUACAGCCAACAGUGAGGACACUUUAGAAAGAAUGGAUGGGAAAGAACAGAGACAAGAUGAAAACCCUAUUUUGCACAAACCUAUUUCUCAAAGCAGUCGGGAUGAAAGUGAUACAAACAAUGAACAACUGGUUAAUUCUGAAAACACUUCAGUAGUUGAGCAUAUAUUAUCUAAAGAAGAAAUCUUGCCGCAAUCUGACGAAUCAAGUAAGGAAAAAAAUGAAGAGAUUACACAAGGGCUUAACGAGGAGGGGGAUAUCUUGCACGUGUCUCAAGAAAUGGAGAAGCAGUUGAUAUUAGAGUCUGCGGUUGAUAAUGCCGUUGAGGUGGCCACUGUUGCAGAUACCAAUGGCGAUGUGAAUGGAAGACACAUGCAUCUGGAUGAUGGACAUCAAGAGGCAAAUGAGGAAGACAAGAUUCUAGAAGUACGUGCUGGUGGAAGACCAAUUCGGCCUUCACGUAUGGAUGGUGACUGUAAUUCAGCAGAUAUUGAAAUUGACCAGAACGUUCAGUUGAUGUUGAGGUUGGAAGUCCUUGACAAGGAAGAAGAGAAUUUGAUUAAACUGUUUACUGUUAUGCUCUGUCAUGGAAAGAGUGAUUAUCAGUCUGCGUAUAUACUUGUCACCGAUGAUGCAGUUUAUGUGCUCAGUACAGAUGGCACGGGAGGACGGUUUGACACUCUACAGCAUCUUCCUUAUCAAUCUCUUAGCCAUUUGGAGGUGAGCAUCAAUUGGCAAACUGUAUCGAUUGUUAAUGACAAGAAGAAGGCGUGUAGCAUCAUUUUGGGCAAUGAGCCUGUUGCCAGGCAAUUGGUUAACACAAUCCAAGAAGCCGUGUCUUCAGAUGCAGCUUGUCGGGGACUGGUUGUAGUGACGUCAGAUGAAGCUCGUUUGACAGCGUUUCAUAAAACUUUUGCUCGAGUGUCAAAGACAGCUGAGCCAUCUCAGAUUUUGCUGUACAGUCUUGUCAAUUGGGAACCAGUUGGAGAUGCACCGGGUCCUAUUGACGGUACCAGUAACAGCUUUGUAAGUCCCAAAGCUGUUAUGAAUGGAUUUUUGUCGGUGCAGUCUACAAUUUUGACAUUUUCAUAUUGGCAAGAUGACUACUUUGUUCUUGAUAUUCGGAAUGGACUAAUGAUGCAAUAUGGCAGCAAGGCAGACAGAGAGUGUAAGAGCAUCUUCUCUCUACGGGCAGGAAAAUGUGGUGGUGUUCGAAGGCGCACUGAUGUUGAUAGACCUAAUGCGUUUGAGAUUAUUUCAAUGGACAAGAGCAUAGAUUCACUAAUUCUAGCAGCUCCCAACGUAGACAUUAUGGGCAAAUGGCUUCAAGCAAUUUGUGAGGCUGUCGCCUGUGCCGGCAUGGGAGCCAAUGAGGUGCAGGCUUCUCAUACAGCUUGUAGUUUAUGUGUCCUGUCUUCAAACAUUUGUCUUUUUCAUGAAUAUCACACCGACCGGUCACCUGAACGACUAGCUUAUUGUGACAUUUCUGAUAUUUCGAACAUAAACUACGAUCCUGAAAGUCCAUUGUAUGCCGUCUUGAACUUUGGACUUUCGGGCACCGAUAAGUCUGGAUGUUGGCUACUUUUCUUCAGUUCAGAGUAUGAGCUGGGCAAGUUUGAGGCAUGUGUGGCUAAAGCAUGGAAAGACUUGUUCAUGCAAGAGAUCCAAUUCCAUCCUAUCACGAACGGCAGACUGAGAGACAGAGCACAAGAGACAGUUACUUUGCUGGUCAGUUCUACGCAUCGCAAUGAUAGCGUUACUCGAGGAAGAGAAAGUUAGCGAUAUCACGACAUUGUACAUUUUAACUAUUCUAUUUUUUCAUACUAUUUAAGUGUCUAGCAUCAGACUCCAAAAAUGUUGUUUGAAAACUCAUGCAUAAUUCCGAUGGUGUACACUUUGAUGAUCUUGUACAAAUUGACAAAAUCAGUGGUUGAAAA